AUGGACCGUGAAGCUUUCGUCAAAGGGCAGCUUGAAGCCGUUCACAAAGCACUCACAAAAUAUGAAGUACCUCUUAAACCAAAGCAUGCUCGUCGCCUAAUUGUUGGCACCCACCAGGAGAGGUCCGCGGCUGUAUUUUGGAAUGCUGUCAAUCGGAUUCAAUUAGAGAAGAACCCUGUAAUGACAUGGAAGUUCUGCCACCUUUUACACAAGUUAAUUCGCGAUGGACAUAGAAAAGUACCAGAGGAAUCUCAUAGGUUUUUAUCGAGAAUUAAGCAACUCGGUCAGUUCUGGAAGCACCUGAAUACUUCUGGUUAUGGAAUCUGCAAUGAGACUUACACUAAGCUGCUGGCAGAGAGGCUUGAAUUCCAUAGAAAGUACCCUGUAAUGCCGGGCAGUCUCAUUCUAACUGAAUCUCAAAUCAAAACUCUCGAAGGGGACUUAGACAACGCUUUCGAAAUGACGAUCGAUAUGUUGGAUCAAAUGGAUAAUUUGCUCAAUUUGCAAUCAAACGUGUACGAUGCGAUGGAGUGCCUUCGGUGGAGCUCCUUAGUUCCUCAAGGGCAGUGUUUGCUCGCUCCACUGAUUUUAGUUAUACUGGACACAAGCAAGUUCUACGACUAUCUUGUGAAGAUGAUUUUCAAACUCCAUGGGCAAUUGCCCCCCGACGCACUUGAUGGACACCGUGCCAGGUUCAGGGAAGUCUUCCGAAGGACAAAGAAGUUCUACGAAGAAUCUAGUAAUCUACAAUACUUUAAAUAUUUAGUUUCAAUACCUACGUUACCUUCGGCAGCGCCUAACUUUCUCCAAGCCUCUGAUCUGGACAGCUAUCAAACGCCGCACGCCUAUUUACAUUCUGAAGGUUCUGAAGAUGGCCAAUCGGUUGCCGCUGAUGAAGUCUUGCUUGACCUCGGCUCAGACGAACCGCGGUACGAGCAACAACCACAACCUUCUGAUCAAUCGGAUCGAAGAGAUGAACAAAUAUUGGCGCUAACUCGGGACCUCGAAGAUGAACGAUUCGCCAAGGAACGACUUAUAGCGGAGGCACGUUCUCGUAUCGAACAGUACGAAAAUAGGCUGACUCAAAUGCAGGGAGAUUAUGAACAUGCCCGAAGAGAAGCAGACGAAGCGCGUGAGGAGUGCGAGCGAUUACGGAACGAUCUAGCUACUAGAGAUGCUCAGCGUGUUGAAAGUGAUGACGUGCGGGUACAGGAAGCACAGGAACAGACGCGGUUAGCCGAACAGCGUUUCGGUAAAAUGAAGGCUGCGUACGAGAAAUUCCGAACUGAACAUGUUGCGGCUCUUACGAAGUUGGGAGAAUUGCAGAAAGAAUUUGAAGCAAGUGAAAAGAGUAGGAUGGACAAAGAUGAAGAGAUAACAUGUUUGAAUAGAAAACUCGAAGAGAGCGAAAAAGGUCUUUCGUUAGUUUCAUCUAAAGCAGAAGGUGACGCAGCAGCAGUAGAUGAGCUGCGAUCACAGCUGGCGAAAGCCGACAUUGAAAUGGAAGAAUUGCGUCAGAAUCUCGAACAUCUCAAGGCCGAACACAAGGCAGAACUGGUCAGUGCUUCAGAUCGUUUUGUGGAUGAAAAAGCUGCCGUCGAAAAGAAGAUAGACGGAGGAAUCCGCGCAGCCGUGUCAACAAUUCUUCUCCGUUGUGAUGAAGAGCUACCCAAUGUCACCUCCAUAUCCUAUCCUCCUCAUCUUGCGCAGUCUGCACUAAACGCCUUCAUUUUGCUAUUGGGUGAAAAAGAUUCGCCGACAGUGCUCGACUUAAUACUGCUGGCGCACUCUUGUGUUCUGUCUAUCAGUGCAUGUGCUGCUGCUGCCUACACGGCUUCCAUACAGCACUUCGAUGAUGUAAACGAGCAAUGUCAUCUUGUGAUACGCACAGCAAGGGAAGCUUUCACUUCACAGAUGUUGAAUAUCGAACAGUUAAGCUUGGAAGCAAGCAAACUUCAACGGAUGAUGGCCGAAUUGCCUCAGCAGACUGACGUGGACAAGGAUAUUGUUGGUGCUGAACUCGAAAGCGAAAUGAUGCGCAUGAGUGAAGCAAUUCGCGCAGCUGUAGAAGAAAUCGAAAAAAUUCAAGAGAGAGCACGCAUCAAUACAGAGGGAAUCAGGUUGCAAGUCAAUGAGGCAAUCCUUGGAUGUUGCCAGCAACUGAUGUCUGCUAUCAUGGCGUUGGUUAUCUCAUCUCGAGAACUUCAAAUGGAGAUUGUUGCUGCUGGCAAAGGUGGUGCUUCCCCUCAUGAAUUCUACAAGCGAAAUCACCAGUGGACUGAGGGCCUUCUAUCAGCUGCAAAAGCUGUUGGCGUAGCCGCACGUGUGCUAGUGGAGUCUGCUGACGGUGUGGUUACUAGGCAAGGAAAGUUCGAGCAUCUCAUUGUCGCUGCCCAGGAGAUCGCAGCGUCCACAGCACAAUUGUUUGUAUCUAGCCGUGUUAAAGCCGACAAAGAUUCUCAAAAACUUGCUGCCCUAUCUGUUUCAUCUAAAAGUGUCAAUCAAUGUACUGCUCAAGUUGUGGCUGCUGUAAAGAAUGCACAAACUACUCUGAAUGAUCAAGAUAACCUUGAUUUCUCUCAUCUCACCCUACAUGAGGCGAAAAAGGAAGAAAUGGAAUCUCAGGUGCGUAUGUUGGAAUUAGAGCAACAACUGGUUAUGGAAAGGAAGAGGUUAGCUGAGCUGAGGAAGCAGCAUUACCACAUGGCACAGCUGGCUGUGGCUGAGCAGAAUGGAGGGGGCGGAGAUGGAGAACGCGACCCGUCUUUCGAGUUUGUUGGCUGA